AUGACACAAGCACCGGAUGCAAAUGAGCCAACAGAGCAGCCGACCCCCAUGCAGACUGCGGGCUUAAUGCUGCCAGCUGCUGCCUCCGCCCCAGCACUUUUCACCGGGGAGGAGGUGAGGGUGCCGAUGUCUGGGGAAGUGGUCCCCACAGAAAUGGAAAGCGGCCAAAAGAACGGCCGUGAGCAACCAGCAAAAAAUUGCUUGAUGCGACUCUUCAACCUCAUUGUGCCUCGUGGGGGCGCACUCUCCGGCAUCCUGAAUCUUGCGAGCGUCACGCUAGGGGCCGGCAUCAUCUCCAUUCCAUCCGCCUUCAACACCUCCGGAAUAGUCAUGGCAGUGGUGUAUUUGGUGGGGGUGACGGCGCUGACGGUGUUCUCCAUCAAACUGCUUGUUUCGGCGUCGGAGCGGUCGGGGUACCGAAGCUUUGAAGGCCUGGCACGCGGCCUCCUUGGGCGUGGUGCGGACAUUGUGGUGGCCGUUCUGAUGUGGCUUCUGUGCUUUGGUGGCGCUGUCGGCUACGUGGUGGCUGUGGGUGAUGUGCUCCGGCCCCAUCCUGGAGCACGACGGUGUGCCCGCAUACUUGCAGAGGGACAGC